AUGGCUUUCAAUUUUAAUGCUCCUACCAAAAAGUAUGGAUUAAUAAUACCCAAAAAGGAUUCCAAUCCUAAAUUGAUGAAAUCAUCUGCUUUUCACGACAAUGACAGCGACGAUGAGAAGAUAGCUGGAAAAUCAAACCCUCUAAAUCUUAAAGGUUGUAGCAUGAUAAAGCCAUCAUCUAGAUUAAACAAUUACAUCAAAAAACAGACGCAGUUGGACAUAGAAAAAGCGCUACACGAGGAUCCGAACUGUUUCGAAUAUGACAAAAUUUACGACGAAGAGUGCACUAAGAAGACCCAACAGAAAGAGGAAGUUAAGAAAGAUGUCAAGCCAAAAUAUAUUGGCCAGCUGAUGAAGGCUGCCGAGCAAAGAAAGAGAGAGUAUGAAAGAAGAGUAGAGAGAACUGUACAAAAAGAGAGGGAGGCAGAACAAGGAAUGUACCAGGAUAAGGAAGCAUUUGUUACGACUGCGUACAAGGAGAAGAUGCAGAGGAUUAAGGAAGAGGAAGAGAUGGAGAAGAAGCAGCAGUUACUGGAAGAGUUACAGAGUUCUGAUAAGGAUAAAGGCUUUGUCGAUUUCUACAGAAAUAUCUUGAAUCAAAGAGUCAAAAACCCUGACGCUGAUGAUGAUGUUUCCAUGAAAUCUUCAAAAGAAAAAGUCAAUACGUGUAAAGUAGAAACUUCUAAAAAGCAAGAAAUUUCUAGACCGUCAUCAUCAUCGUCGUCAUCGUCAUCAUCCUCUCGAGAUCAUCGUCACCACGGUCAUGUUGAUCAUCAUCAUUCUAAAAAAUCUGAAGCCCACAGUGGUGAUAAAAUGCCAACACCAUCAACAUCUUCAUCGUCUUCAUCACAUCAUCACGUCUCAAAGAGUUAUGAUAAGGUUAAAUCCCACAGGGAAAUAGGCAAAAGAGAGCAUGUAAAAGGUAGCAGAAGUAAGGAUGAAAGUUCAGGUGAUGAAAGCUCGAAUUCCGAUUCCACAAAAAAAGUUAAGAGGUUCAAAAAGGAUGCUGGUAAGAAUGUGUCAGCAGCAGCAGCUCUACAACACUCGGGAGAUACCGACGACGAUUCCAUCGUUUCCUCUUCUUCGUCGGAAGAUGGAGAGUAUGAAUUGAAAUCAGCUGAGGGAAGAGUUGGAGAUAAAGUUGCUGAAACAAAUGAUAACAACAACAUCAAUAAUAAUACUACUACUACUACUAAUAAUAAUAAUAAUAAUAAUAAUAAGGUCGAUGAUUCCAAUCCAAUAUCUGGAUCUGCAGAUAAGCCUAAGCAUGACAAGAGAACCGUCGGAGAUACGUUAAGCGAUGCAAAGGCCCGCUAUCUCGCUAGGAAGAUGGCCUCUAAAAGUGUUCCGAUUAUUAGUACAGAUGAUUAA